AUGACUGAAGAUAAACAUAACACAACUAAAUUAGAUUACUUAAAUUCUGUAGAAAUACAUCGAAAUGUAGAAACAAACGUAGAUGAAACGCGAGAGAAGUUCUUUAUAACAUUCCCUUAUCCAUACAUGAAUGGUAAGUUACAUUUAGGUCACCUCUAUUCUUUCUCUAAAGCAGAUAUAUUUGCACAUUUUAAGGAAUUACAAGGCUAUAAUGUAUUGUUUCCAUUUGCAUUUCAUUGUACAGGAAUGCCAAUAUCAGCAUCAGCUCAGAAAUUAAAGGAAGAAAUAAGAGGUAAUAAGGUUGAUCUGUCUAUAAUAGAAAUAUUGAAGUCAUUAGGAUUUUCUUUAGAGUGUUGUGAUCAAUGUAAAUAUUUAGAAGUUUUAGUUGGUAACAUGAGUAAUAACAGUAGUGAGAAUGUUAAAAACUUUAUGUUGUUAUGUCCUGGUUGUGGUAUAAAAGAUGCUACAUAUGAAAAGAAUAAGCCAAUUUAUAAAUUCACUGAUCCUUAUCACUGGUGCAGAACAUUUCCUAAAUAUUGUAAAGAAUCAUUGAUUGGGUUUGAUAGUAUGAUUGAUUGGAGAAGAUCAUUUAUUACAACUGAAAUUAAUCCAUAUUAUGAUGCUUUUGUAAAGUAUCAAUUUAAAAAACUCAAGUCAUUGGAUGUGAUUAAGUUUGGUAAGAAACAUUCUAUAUUUUGUCCCAUUGAUAAUCAGCCAUGUCUUGAUCAUGAUAGGAGAAUAGGUGAAGGAAUUAAACCAAUAUUUUUAGAAUGUUUUAAACUUAAGAAAAAUAAUGUUAUACUACUCAUACCUAAUAAGAAUAAGUAUAUCACUAAGAAUGUUACUAAAAACUAUCAAAUAGUUAUAAGUGAAAAUACUUAUGUUGUGAAAACAAUGAUUGAUAAACAAUUAUACUUAAUGGAAGAUUAUAUUUACAACAAUCUAAAAUACCAACUAGAUGAAAUAGGUGAACCAUCAGAAUGUUAUUUAGAAGAUUAUUUUGAUAAUAUAAAGGUUAUUGAGAAUGUAAAAACAAGUUUUAUUAAAAUAACCAGUGAUAAUAAUGAAGAAGAAAAAUUAAUUAAUAUUGAUAUCAAUUCAGUAAAACCAACUUUAAAGUUGUUAGAAAAUAAACAUUUCAUAGGAUUGUACAUACCAGAAGGAUAUGUAAAGUCACGAGCAGGAGGGGAUUGUGUUGUUGGUUUAGUAGAUCAAUGGUUCAUUAAUUACAAUGAUGAAGCAUGGAAAGAUAAAGUAUAUGAGAGUAUGAAGAAUAUUGAGUGUACAGAGGAUACUAAAAGUAAACUGAUUGAUUCAAUAGAUUGGAUUAAAGAAUGGGCAUGCAGUAGAACAUUUGGAUUAGGAACUAAAAUACCGUGGGACAAAGAAUAUCUAAUUGAUUCAUUAAGUGAUUCUACAAUUUAUAUGGCUUUUUAUACUUUUAAACAUUAUUUAUUUAGUGAUUUAGAAGGUAAAGAUGAGCUUUUUCCUAAAAAACUUGUAUGUGAAUCAAUUUAUAGAUUUAUUUUUAAUGAAAUUGAUGAAUCUCAAUUAAAGAAUGAUUUAAUAACUAAAAAUAAGUCUAAUAUUGAUUUAGAUCAACCCAUUGAGAUUUUAAAGAAAUGUAAAGAAUCUUUCAACUAUUUUUAUCCAGUAGAUUUAAGAGUGUCAGGUAAAGAUUUAAUAAGCAACCAUUUAAUAUUUUUCAUAAUGAAUCACGUUCUUUUAUUUGAUAAAGAUAAGAUUCCUAGAAGAAUAUUUACAAAUGGACAUUUGUUAUUGAAUGGAAAAAAGAUGAGUAAAUCAGAGGGUAAUUUUUUAACGGUAGAAAAUGCGUUAAUUAAAUACGGAUCUAGUAGUUGUAGAAUGUGUUUAGCUGAUUGUGGUGAUACUAAUGAAGAUGCUAAUUUUGUAGAAAAUAUAGCUGAUUUAUUUGUUUUAAAAUUAUACAGAUUAACUAAGAUAAUUGAAUCAAUAGUAGUAAGUGAUAAAGAUAAUAAUGAAGUUAAUAUUAGUGAAUCUACAGAUAAUAAUGAAGUUGAUGUUAGUGAAUUAAUUCUUAUAAAUAGAAUUUACUUAAAUUCAAUAGAAACUUUAAAAUCUUAUGAAUCAAUUAAUUUUAAAGACGUGAUUAAAUAUGGAUUUUAUGAAAAUCUAAGUGCAAUUGAAAAUUAUGAAAUUAUGUCUAAUAAGAUCAAUCAUCAAUUGAUUAAUUAUGCUUAUAAAACAUUAAUACAGUUAAUGUAUCCUGUUAUACCAUCAUUAUCUAGAUACUUAUUACAACUUAUGAAUUGUAAUGUUGAAUUGCCUAGAAUGUUUUUGAGUGAUAAUUAUAUAACUAUCGAUAUGAAUAUUGAAUGGAAGUAUAUUGAUAUUUAUAAUUAUUUAAGAAGUAUUAUUAGUAGAAUCAAACCAGGUAAUAAAUAUUGUAUUGAGCCAGGUGAAGAUUAUUGUGAAUGGAAGAAAGCAGGUAUGGAAUUAGUUAAUAAGUUUAAAGACUCUGAAGAUUUUAAAACAGUUAUUCUUAAAGAAAUUAGAGAAUCAACUGAUAAAAACAUUAAAGGAAAUAAGAAGAUCAUGAUGUUCUGUAUGGACUAUUAUAAUUUCCCCAGUAAGUAUGUGAGAACUUUUAAUGAAAUGAAAAUUCUUAAAACAUUUAAAGAUUAUUUGAGUAAAAUUAGUGGUUCAUUUAUAGAAAUUGGAGAUUUUAAUAAAACUAGUGAACCAUUAAAACCUUCAAUUAUUCUAAGAAAAUAA